AUGGCGGCGUUAGUUCUUCGCUGUUUGCUGUACGUGUCUCUGGUGGAGGUUUUGUGCGUUUCCACGGCCGACGCCGCUCCCAAAAAGGGCAAAAAGGGGGAAUCCCCGACGCAGACCUACUUCGAUCAGAAACAGACCGGCGAUUAUAACAUACAGUUGCAUUUGAAGGACUUCCAAAUCAUCGCUUUAGUCGGGGACGAUUCCGCCAGUCUCGGGGACUACGACUACAGCUACGAUUACUCGGAUUUCACCAUCAAACCAGCGACCCAAAAACCAACAACAUCAACACCUUCUACUCCCAUCACACCAGUAAUUUCCUCAUCACCAACAACACCAACUACCACAACUAUUCCAUCGAAACCUCCACAGCACCCUUACCCGUUCGUAUCGACCGAUAACUCGUCCCAACCAACCAAUAACUCUACUCAAUCGACCAGUUUAUUGGACGCCUCUAAACCACCAAUAAGCGAUCCUUCGAGCAGUACUACUUCUUCCGCGGAAUCCAGUACGAAACCGGCGGAGGAGUUCAGCUCGCCGGAUAGGAUUAAAGUGCAGAUCAUAGAAACGCCGGUGAGAACAGGCGUGGUGCCCGGCGAGGACAUCGCCGAGCAGAACGAGGCGCCGCACGGGGACAUAUUGCAGAUAAAAAGGUGCGCUCAGGGAUUCACCAGGGACAAGCGGGGUAGAUGCAGGAGGGUGCGAAGGCCGGGGAGCGUUCAACCCCACUUGCCGUAUGGUUUCGGCAGAAUUACCAGCAAUUUGGCGUCGAGAUUUCGGGAGGCUUCUGAUGAGAAUUCGGCGUCAUCUUCGGAGUCGAAAGAAGAUUAG